UCCCCUUUGGCCUCCAACCAGUAGAAAAAGGCAGGGGACGGUCUCUCUCAGUGGCCAUCUCAUCCUCUCCCAAGUGCUCAGUGCAGCGCUUCGCACCCAUGUGGUAACAUUGGAAACGCCGGGACUGAAUGGACUGUAGCAUCAAAAGGGACCCUCCAACAUUCCCCCCUCCAAAAAUUGGAAACCCUAUGAAAAUGAAGCAGGUCCCGGAAAUUCUCGGCAACGCCACCGGGAAGGCGCCGACCUGUGAAGUGAAUCGCGAGUGUUCGGUCUUCCUCAGCAAAGCCCAGCUGCAGGACGGCGUCAUGCCCAAGUUCAACGGCCACGACGCCCUGCCGUUCAUUCCCGCCGACAAACUGAAGGACCUGACCUCUCGGGUGUUCAAUGGCGAGUCCGGGGCGCAAGACACCAAGCUGCGCUUUGAGCCCCAGGAAAUCAAGGGGAUCGGGACGCCCCCCAACACUACGCCCAUCAAGAAUGGCUCCCCGGAGAUCAAGCUGAAAAUCACCAAGACCUACAUGAACGGAAAGCCUCUCUUUGAGUCUUCCAUUUGUGGUGACAAUGGUGCCGACGUGUCCCAGUCGGAGGAGAAGGAGCAGAAACCUGAGAACAAGGCAAGGAGGAGCCGGAAAAGGAGCAUCAAGUACGAUUCUUUGCUCGAGCAGGGUCUUGAGGCAGCUAUAAUAUCAAAGCCAUCAAGUCCCCUUGGAAAAAAGAUUCCAGCCAAGAAAGAGUCAAAUCCAAACGCUAUCAAAGAGAAAGACCAUCUGUUGAAAUACAAUGUAGGAGAUUUAGUCUGGUCCAAAGUAUCUGGUUACCCUUGGUGGCCAUGUAUGAUUUCAGCUGAUCCUCUUCUCAGCUACACUAAGCUAAAAGGGCAGAAAAAGAGCGCUCGCCAGUACCACGUGCAGUUCUUUGGAGAUGCCCCGGAAAGAGCGUGGAUCUUUGAGAAGAGUCUCGUAGCCUUUGAGGCAGAAGAGCAGUUUGAACAGCUCUGCCAGGAAAGUGCCAAACAGGCACCCACCAAAGCGGAGAAGAUCAAGCUGUUGAAGCCUAUUUCGGGGAAAUUGCGAUCCCAGUGGGAAAUGGGUAUCGUUCAAGCAAAGGAAGCUGUGGGUAUGACGGUAGAAGAGCGGAAAGCCAAGUUUACCUUUGUCUAUGUUAGGGACCGACCUCAGCUUAAUCCUCGAGUAGCUAAGGAAGCUGGCAUUGCUGUGGAUCCCAUCGAAGCCUCCGAAGCCACCGUGGAUGCCAGUGCAGAACCCGCCCGGGAUCCAAAGGCGGCCAGAGAGCCAGGCGUCCCCGUCAAGAGGAGGCGGCGAUCCAAAUGGGCCGCCCUCAACCAGGACCACCAGAGCGAUUCGGGGAAUAGAAACAGCACUCCUUCAAAGGCCCCCGAGCUGGCCGACUCCAAGAGAGGCGGGGCAUCCCCCGGGGGCAGGAAGAAGGCAGUGGCGGCCACGCCGCGCAGCCGGAAGGGAGAUGCAGCGUCUCAGUUCUUAGUCUUCUGUCAGAAGCACCGAGAUGAGGUGGUAGCCGAACAUCCAGAUGCUUCGCCUGAGGAGAUAGAAGAACUGCUGGAAUCGCAGUGGAAUAUGCUUAGUGAGAAACAGAAAGCUCGCUACAACACCAAGUUUGCCAUAGUGACCUCUCCCAAGUCUGAAGAUGAUACUGGUUCGUCAUUGAAGAAUAUUGGAGAGGCCAAACGUAAAGUGUUUCAAGAUUCACCUAAAAGGAGAUCAAGAUCCAGAAGUAACUUACAUGGGAAAAAAAGAAACCAUACAAAGAGGACACAGGACCCUACAGAAGAUUUUGAAGUUCAGGAAGCACCUAGGAAAAGACUCAGGAUGGAUAAACACAAUAUUCGGAAGAGGGAGACAAGCAAUGACAAAACAGCCAAAACAAACUCUUCUAAGGUCACAGACACCACCUCCUCACUAAAGAACCAGUCAGCAACGAAAAAUCUGUCCGAUGCAUGUAAACCACUGAAGAAGCGAAAUCGAGCUUCAGCUGCAGAAUCUUCAACUCUUGCGUAUAGCAAAAGUUCAUCUCCUUCAGCUUCCUUAACUGAGAAUGAGAUCUCAGACGGUCAAGGUGAUGAGCCCUCAGAGUCCCCAUACGAAAGCGCAGACGAGACUCAAACGGAAGCGUCUGUAUCCUCCAAAAAGUCUGAGCGAGGUGCCGCCGCUAAGAAGGAAUAUGUCUGUCAGCUCUGUGAGAAAACCGGCAGUUUACUGCUUUGCGAAGGACCCUGCUAUGGAGCCUUCCACUCGGCCUGCCUCGGAUUGCCUAGGAGACCGGAAGGAAAAUUCAUCUGCAGCGAAUGUACUUCAGGAGUUCACUCUUGCUUUGUGUGCAAGGAGAAGAAAACAGAAGUGAAGCGCUGUGUUGUGUCUCAGUGUGGGAAGUUUUACCACGAAGCUUGUGUCAGGAAGCAUCACCUGACCGUGUUUGAGAGCCGAGGUUUUCGCUGCCCCCUCCACAGCUGCGUCAGCUGCCACGUCUCCAACCCUUCCAAUCCAAGAGCAUCCAAAGGGAAGCUGAUGAGGUGCGUGCGUUGCCCCGUGGCUUACCAUGGAGGAGAUGGCUGUAUGGCCGCCGGGUGCGCAGUGAUCGCCUCCAACAACAUCAUUUGCACCAACCAUUUCACUGCCCGCAAAGGGAAGAGCCACCACGCCCAUGUCAAUGUGAGCUGGUGCUUCGUCUGCUCAAAAGGGGGGAGCCUGUUAUGCUGCGAGUCGUGCCCGGCGGCGUUCCACCCGGACUGCUUGAACAUCGAGAUGCCCGACGGCAGCUGGUACUGCAAUGACUGCAGGGCGGGGAAAAAGCUUCACUUCCAGGAUGUCAUCUGGGUCAAACUGGGCAACUACAGAUGGUGGCCUGCUGAAGUUUGCCAUCCAAAGAACGUUCCCCCAAAUAUUCAGAAAAUGAAGCAUGAGAUCGGAGAGUUUCCUGUCUUUUUCUUUGGGUCCAAGGAUUAUUACUGGACACACCAGGCUCGAGUCUUUCCCUACAUGGAGGGCGACCGGGGGAGCCGCUACCAAGGGAUUAAAGGGAUCGGAAAAGUCUUCAAAAAUGCUCUGCAAGAAGCUGAAGCUCGUUUUCGAGAAGUCAAACUUCAGAGAGAAGCCAGAGAGACGCAGGAAAACGAACGCAAGCCUCCCCCUUACAAACAUAUUAAGGUGAAUAAGCCUUGUGGGAAAGUUCAGAUUUAUACCGCGGACAUUUCUGAAAUCCCCAAGUGCAACUGUAAGCCCACAGACGAGAGCCCCUGUGGCUUCGACUCAGAGUGCCUGAACCGGAUGUUAAUGUAUGAAUGCCACCCCCAAGUCUGCCCGGCCGGGGAGCAGUGCCAGAACCAGUGCUUUACCAAGCGUCAGUACCCCGAGACCAAGAUCGUCAAGACUGACGGCAAGGGCUGGGGCCUGCUGGCCAAAAGGGACAUUAAGAAGGGAGAGUUUGUCAAUGAGUAUGUCGGGGAGUUAAUCGACGAAGAGGAGUGUAUGGCACGAAUUAAGCAUGCCCAGGAAAAUGACAUCACUCACUUCUACAUGCUCACCAUUGACAAGGACCGUAUAAUUGAUGCUGGUCCCAAAGGAAACUAUUCCCGAUUCAUGAAUCACAGCUGCCAGCCGAAUUGCGAGACUCUAAAAUGGACGGUGAACGGAGAUACCCGUGUGGGCCUGUUUGCCGUGUGUGAUAUCCCUGCAGGGACGGAGCUGACUUUCAAUUACAACCUUGAUUGUCUGGGCAACGAGAAGACCGUGUGCCGGUGCGGGGCCUCCAACUGCAGCGGCUUCCUCGGGGACAGACCAAAGAACUCAACUGCUCUUUCCUCAGAGGAGAAGGGUAAAAAAACCAAGAAAAAAACAAGGAGACGUCGGACAAAAGGCGAGGGGAAGAAAGAGUCUGAGGAUGACUGUUUCCGGUGUGGGGACGGGGGUCAGCUGGUGCUCUGCGACCGGAAAUGUUGUACUAAGGCGUACCAUCUCUCUUGUCUUGAUUUGGUGAAGCGACCUUUUGGCAAGUGGGAGUGCCCCUGGCACCAUUGUGACGUGUGCGGGAAGGCUUCCGUGGCAUUUUGCCACUUCUGCCCCAAUUCCUUCUGCAAAGAACACCAGGACGGGACGGUCUUCAGCUCCACCCAGGAUGGGCGAUUGCGCUGCUCCGAACACGACGGCGGACAGGAGCCCGCGAGAAACCCAAAGACUGAGAGAGCCAGCCCGAAGCCCGCCAAGUUCAAGCCCAAGAGGAAGAGACGGAGGGGUUGGAGGAGAAAGACUGAAGGCGGUAAACAGUGACAGACUGCAGCUUUCACUGCCAACACUAUCUUGUAGAUACAAGUGGGACUGUACCUAGGCCCGAGGAAGGACCAUUUGCAUAUAUAAUAAAUGUACAGGUUGCAUUUGGGGGGAAAGCAUUUUUCAAUCCACUGAGCCAUCUCCAGCAGCUUCUGCUGCUUCUGCACUGAUCGUGAACCGUGACCUGCACGGUUCAGAAGUUUUCAGGACAAACAGAGCCUAUUUCCACAGCAUUACAGUCGCACUUGAAUUUAUAAGAAUGUCAAAACUCCCUCCUGCUUUUAGCUUUUCUUUUUCGUUUGUUUGGUUUGUUUCUUUUUAAUGGUUAGAGGUGAGAUUCCUAAGUGGGCAUCUGAAGCAAUUUCCAUCCUGUCAAGCAUUGGGCCCAAUGGAAAGGAAACUACCACCAGCUCCUGAGUUCCAGGAAGGGGGUCUUCGCGCCCCUCUCUUUCUCCUCCUCCUCCUCUUCCCCACUCCCUCCCCGCCCUGCUCGGGAGAGGUGGAGCAAGAGCCUGUUAAGGACAUGGCCCAGCUGGCCUCCCUGGGGCUUCCGGGCGGUGCUCCACGGCCCUGGGGCCCUUUUCUGCCCAUGACCCCUUCUCUGUCUUGGGCGGGAGGAGGAGCACCCUAGGAUAGUGGCAGGGAUUUAGUCAGAUUUUUUUCCCCCUGAGCCUACCCCCCAACCCACUUCAGCCCCUGUUUCCAAAUUCUAACUUUGAACUAAAUCUGCAAAACACCUAACUCCCUCUCCUGAUGGGGGACACCCCUCCAGUUGCCCCCUUCUAGGUAUCCUCUGCCCACCCCUCCUUCGCAGGGCAAUUUAUACUGAGACCGCUUCUCCGGUCAUUGCCUGCUGAAGUGGCCUGUCACUGGCCAGGCUGAUAUCUUGCCACACGGCAACCAGCUCCGGGGUCUUGCAGGGUCUUGGAGGGUCUUGGAGCCUGUAGUGGGUGUGGCGUUGCACAAAUUACCCGGGAAAAGUACUGAUAGGCGGCAGGGAGAGUUCAGAUGGUUUUGCGUUGCCACUUUCCGCUCGUGGAUUGGUAUGACGGGGGAGGGUCAGUGUAGUGCCAUCAUGAUCGUGAUCGCUCUCACACAUACACGUGCCUCCCCCCGCACACACACCUCCUCUCUCCUGCCUAUUGUGUCUAGAAUAGUGUAGUUGGACUUUAACAGUGCAGUUCCUCUGGGUAGCCCUUUUAAAAUGAAGCAUAGCUAUAUCAUAAAAGUAUAUUUUUUCAAAAGUAUUUUUUCAGGGUUUGAUCAAAGAGUUAGAUUGUAGGAUUAUUGAUAACUAAAGCUAUUUCCAUCACCCGCAACCUUGUGGAUCUCUCCGUCAGAAACUUGAAUCGCUCCUGACUCAGACGUCUCCUUGCCCGGACCUUAAAAUCCAAAAGCCGCCUUAUCGUCCUGUAGCCCAACGACCGCUUCGGCGGGAUUGUGGGUCAUCAUUCCCAGGUUUGGUCUCCCCCUCGGUCUGUCUGCCUCCCCUUUCACCGGGCCUCUUUGGGGCUGCAAGUAGCCAUCAUAUCAAGUAGAAAAGGACCCACGGGGUGAAGUCUUUCCUGGAAUUUGUACUGGCUAAAACAAGCCUGACACCUCCCUUUCCCCCAGCCAAUGUAUUAUUCAAGCAAUAUUGAGUUUUCUCUUUCAAAGAUGCUUCCUUUGCUAGAGUUUUCCUUGGUACUAGGAAGCAUAGAAGAGAUCGAGGUGCUUCGAAUCCAAAGAGCUCCAACUCUUGCAGAGGGCUUUUUUGGCGGGGAGGGAGGGGAAGUCCCCAUUUUCUGGCUCCGGGGAUGGACGGAGGAAGGAUGGCGGUGUAAAGAGGAGCUUGGGGUUACAGUGUUGGGGUUGGGCAGGUGAAGGAAGGAGUGCAGUGACCCCUGUUCUCUUUAAAGAAGAGCAAAGGAACAGGUCCUCUGGGGAGUCACUGCUGGCAUAUGUCCUUUCUCAGAUGACCCCUGGAGUUUAAGUCUACAAUGAUGAAGAAUCAGAUGGUCUUUGGGUUCUAAUUAUGAAUUACUAUUGAAGUUCAGUGGGUUUUGAGAGUCUGUAUGACUGUAUAUUUGCCUUGUGAUACUGCCAUGUACCAUUAACUGUAAUAAGUGUUUUCAAACCUUGGCACUGCCCCCUCAGUCUGGUGACUGGUUCCCAUCUCAGGGCUCCCACUCGACCUGGUUGGGCUGGCUCCCCGGGUGGACCGUGAAGACCCCACCCGCUGCCUCGCAGGUGCUGGCCGAGGUCCCGGGGGUGUUGCUCCACAAAACGUUGGCACAGGGCUACGGGAAAACUUGAAUGGUCUGCAUUGCCUGGGUGCUCUCUAUGUCCCCUGGAUCGGGAGGCGGGGGCGGCGGCGGGAGCGGGGGUGGGGGGUGUCAGCUGGCCCAGCCGAACACCUUUCGUAAGCACUGAACCUUUUUUUCCAAGAGAAGUUAGUUUACUGUUGGUAACUGUGGUGCUGUUCCCCUGUCCCCUCCUCAUCUCCCCGAAAUAAAACAAAGUUUUGUGUCAAAUGUUUACUUGAGAGACAUUCUAGGGGCACCUAGGCUGGGGCUCGAGUCCCUCCUCGGACGCUUCAUCGCCCUGGGUCUCCUGCUGCUCCCCGGAUCAUCUCCCUUUGGGCGAACCCCGGCUCUUCAGAUGUUUCGGGAAGACCCAGACCGGCGCCGAGGAGAAAUUGGUACGGCGGGAAGAACGGUGGUGGUGGUGUGGUCUGACGUCACCCAUGGUGAUCUGGAUCAAACCAAGCCGGUUUCCACGGAGGGACAGAAUAGCUUUCAACGGGCCGCAGCCGUGCCUCUACUGCCCGCGUCUUCUGUCUCUGAGCCACCAACGCCAAGCGUAGCAUUGAGAUGCCACCCAUCUGCAGUGCCGCUCUGCUGUUUACGGAUCUGCUCCGCCUCCUCUUGGCCGGAGGGGGUGGCGGGGCAGUGUUGGGGAGGAGGGGCGGGGGAGUCGUCUCGGCCGACUUGAGAUUUUGUGAUAAAUUUCAGGCCAGGGUCCUCUCGUCCACCCGGUGGCCCCAGCGGCCUGACUGCAGGGCCUUGGGCUCGGGACCAGUGGACGUGGGCCGGGUGGGGAGGGUGGCGAUCGGCAGCCGGGGCUCCGACUACCUGCUCCAAGGCUCCACAGGAGGGAGUUGUUUUCUCUGGCCCCUUGGAGUUCUCGAAAUUACCUUUUUAUAAACGUCCCAUGUCUUAAGAAACAUUAGUCUGUGUUGGAUAUUUUUGCCAACUUUGAUUGGCUAAUGAAUACACUACUAUUUCUUAGAAUUAGAUUUUUGUUUUCUUGAUGAGCGAAUAUUCGAAAGUGUCAGUUAAGUGCCAAGACUCUUUGGAUGAAAGGUUAACCAACUAACUAACCCCUUAAGAUUGAUAUUCAGGAUUUCCAAGUCGCCCCUCCCUCCUCCUGAUGCAGCCUCGCCCCCCACCCCGCGCCCCGAACAACAGCUUCAGAUAGGAAGGUGAAGAAAUCCUAACAGUCCCAUGGGUCCCGACUGGCAGGAGGAAGUGACCGCCAACAGAAUCGAUGGGAGGUAAUCGAGCUUCUUCGACGGUCUUAAAUCCGAAAAAAGGAGCUCACCCGACCAGUGGAGUUCCUGGGGCCUGAGUCUCUGGCGGGCAUGUCACUUCCUUUGGCUAGCCGAGACCCGGGCAGGCUGCGAGGGUCAGUUUUCACAUUCCUAGAAUGAGCCGAGGUGGCCCGUCCGAGAAAUUUUGAGAUUGGGGGGAUUCUGAUGAGAACGCCGAGGAGCAGGGAGCUCUCUAAGUGGUCCCAAGUGAUGGAGAUGGUUUCCAUUUGUGUUCAUUUCCCAGAUCCACUCAGUGUGUCGUGUGUUCCCUCCAAAACCUUUACAAGUACUGGGUGCCCAGGUUUUGGAAAGAAUAUUUACCUUGACGUAAUGACUUGUGCCGUACACGCUAUCCCCGUCUUUCCUUGCUCCCACCUUUUUCAGAAUUGAACCGCCUUAAACUGAGGCUGACGGAAUAGACCGGAUCAAUCGGUUGGCCCGUUUCCCUUCAGCCCACGAGCGUCAAACCUGCACGGUACUUCAUGAAUAUGAUGGUGAAAAUGAUGGUGAUGAUGAUUCAAAUGAUGGUGAAACUGCUCUGUCCAUGCUAUUUAAACGGUGUUGGAAUCCUAUCCUGAUGAGAUGUGAAAUGUGUCGUCGUUUAGAGUAACAAAAAGUUUCAUGGUUCCUGUUCAUUUUACCAAAUUCCACAUAAAGAAAUGUCUAGUGAUAGACAAUUCCAUACUGUAAUGUCAGGUAAUAUGGAGAAUUUUUGUCACCGAUUUUGGUUUUUUAGACUGUAGUGUGUGAAAUCUGGAAUGUACGUUUCUAGAAUACUCUGAGAUUCUGUAGUUUUUUUAAAAACUGCUUUACUUGCAAAAAAAAAUGGAAGAACAGCUUUUUUAAAGGGGAAACUUGUGUUUGAGAAUUUUGUGUCAUUAUUUUCUGUAUAAAAGUCUGAGCAGGUUUUCUUAAGCCUACUCUAAAACAGGA